AUGGACCAAAUUCAGAAUUUUAAGCAACGGGAUGAUGAGGUUUUUUACAAGUAUUGGGAACAUUACAAGGAUCUACUUGCAGCUAUUCCACAUCAUAAUUUCCCCAUGUACCUCUUGAUUAACUAUUUUUAUUUGUGUUGCACCAAAGACAGCAAGCAGCUCCUUGACACGAUGGGCGGUGGCGAUUUUAUGGGAAAGAAUCCUGAUGACGCUUGGGAGUUCUUGGACGGUUUGGCUGAGAGGGCUCAAACUUGGCAAUACAUUGAUCCGAGUGAGCAAGCAAUGAGAAAUCAAGGACCGAGCGGUUCCGGCAAGUUCUCGGUGAGCGAGCAUAAUGUUUUUGAGACAAAAUUGGAAGAAUUGUCGGCCAAGUUGGAUAAGAUGAAUCAACUUCCCACAGAAGAAGUGUGUGCAUUGAACCAAUGUUGGGACCCGUAUUCUAAUACUUACAAUUCGGGGUUGCGGUCCAAUUCGACUUUCCGUUGGGGAAAUCAGAAUGAGGCAGGUUCGUCAACUUCUCAAGCCCCUCCUCCCCCUCCGAAUCAAACUUGGCGUCAACCUCAAUUUCAAGGCCCGCCACGGUUUCCUGCAAGUCAAGGACCUCCCGGAUUCAUACCGCCAAAUCAAUUUCAAGGGCAAAACCAGUUUCAGCAUCAGCAAGCACCUCCUCCUCUACGAUCUUUGGAAGACACUAUGAAUGCAUUCUGUCAAAUGCAAACGACCACCAAUGAACAGAUCGCUCAAGCUACGAAUGACAUAAGGAAUCAAAUGGGUAAAUUGACUACGACAAUUGGUGUUUUUCAACAAGAGAAAGACAAGCUUCCUACUCAACCAAUGGCAAAUCCACAAGGUCAACACUUGAUUGGUAGCUCUUCGGUGACUUUCCCAGAGCAAGCCAAGGCCAUUAUUUCUUUACGAAGUGGGAAAACUAUUGAUAAUGCUUAUGUAGAGCCGCCGGUCACGCCAAUCUUGUUACCUUUUCCCAUACCCUCAAAGCCAACUACAUCAGAUGGGGAAUCUCCUAAGCAGGCGUCUACUGAAAAGGAGAAAGACAAGGCCAAGGAGAGUGAUGUUCCGCAAGCAUUCACCGUUCAUGCUCCAUACCCUAACUAG